AUGACUCAACCAGAAAUCCUUCACAAUCAGGGUGCCAAAGGAUUUGUAGAACUCCAAAGAGAAGGCAAAGAUGGAGCUGAAUCAUGGCUAUUUCGGGUGCAAAAGAGAUUUGAAUCUCGUCAAUAUAAAAUGUUUCAACCAACUUCAAAUGUGUCUAUUUAUAGGGUACCUGAAUCCAUGAGGGCAUCAAAACCACAAGCUUAUGUACCUCUCAUUGUGUCUUUUGGAUUUUAUCAUCACAAGGGAGGGCAACAACUCUCUGUAAUGGAUGACCACAAGCUAGAAGCGGUAGAAAGAACUUUGAAAAGGCUCAAUCAUAUGGACAUCUAUAUGUUGACAACAGAAAUUGAAAUGUUAGAGGAAAGAAUUAGAGUUUGCUACCAAGAUUCAGCAGUUGAAUACGAUAGAGAAACAGUGGCCUGGAUGUUGACAAUGGAUGCAUGCUUUAUUCUCGAGUUCUUUAGGGCUCUGAGCAAAGAAAUGUCUAAUGAAGAACAAUCCUUCAGUCUUAUUUUCCAACGUGGGGAUGGAAAUGCUAUAUCACGGGCGAUAAAGAGGGAUAUAAUAAAAUUGGAAAACCAAAUUCCACUAUUUGUUCUCAUACAUUUACUCCAAUUAGAGCUUAAAACCCAUGAAAAAGCAGUAUCCAAGUUAGCUACAAUACUCAGUCACUUUCAAGAAUUCAAAGGGUUUCCCUUCAGUUUGGAAGUUUGGGAACAUCAAAUUCCAUGGAAAAUUGAAGAACACAUAAGAAAAGGUGCAUCUCAUCUGUUGGAUUUGUGUAGAAUGUUAAUUUCAGAUUUCUUAACACAUUCACAUCCCCAUUCUCCUUCUUUUGCAGUGUCAGUCUCUAAGAACCAGAAUAAUAACGAAAAAUUAUCUAAACUUUCAGCAGAACUCUUAAGAAAUGUUGGUAUCUCAUUUAAGCCAAGUGUUGAUGGGAAACUGUUAUUUGAAAACAGAAGAUUUGGAAGCAGUUACUUUUUCCUCCCUAAAAUCAUAGUGGGGGAUGACACAGAAACUAUCCUGCGGAAUUUGAUUGCUUUUGAUGAAUGCCAAAGAUGCCGAUCCUCCCCAGAAGCCACAAUAAUUUCCCAAUAUAUAGGUCUAAUAGAUGACUUAAUUGACUCUGAGAAAGAUGUUGCUUUGCUUAGGAAUCAAGAAAUCAUCAUAAGUUUAAUGGGGAGAGAUAAUGAAAUAGGUAGCAUGUUCCAUGAUCUAGACAGGGAAGUCUCUAUACAACCAAUUGAACAAUUUGAGGUGGUUGUGAAACAAAUAACAGAUCAUUAUCACAGUGCAUUGAAUUUGUGGAUCGGACAGUUCAAAGAAGAGUAUUGCUCAAGGCCUUGGUAUAUUGUCUCUCUUCUGGUGGCGAUACUUGUUUUGGGUAUGACUGCUAUGCAAACUUAUUUUGGAUCGAAAGUUAACUGA